AUGGCCAACGGCAAUCAUUCAUCAGUCUCUGAGUUCAUCCUGUUGGGACUCACAGAUAACCCAAAACUCCAAGCCAUUCUCUUCGGAGUCUUCCUAGCGGUCUACUUAGUGACUGUCGUGGGUAAUCUUGGUUUGAUUGUGCUCAUUCAAGUUAGUCCUCAGCUCCACACACCCAUGUAUUUUUUCCUCUGUCAUCUGGCAUUUGUUGACUUUUAUGGUACUUCCUCUGUUACCCCAAACACCCUAGUGAACUUUUUCCGUGAAAUCAAAAGUAUGCCGUUUUAUGCAUGUGCUACUCAGGUCUGUUGCUUUAUCACAUUUUCUGUUUGGGAACUAUUUCUGCUCUCUGUCAUGGCAUACGAUCGGUACGUGGCCAUCUGUAACCCUUUACUCUAUGUAGUUCUCAUGCCACGGAAACUCUGCAUUCAGAUGGUCACUAGCACAUAUAUUUAUGGCUUUACCGUGGGAGUUGUACAGGUGGCGGCUACGUUCCACAUGUCUUUCUGUGACUCUAAUUUGGUCAACCAGUUCUAUUGUGAUGACGUGCCCUUGAUUGCUUUGGCAUGUUCUGAAACCCAGGUCAAAGAGUUGAUGUUGUUAAUUAUCGCUGGAUUCAACGUGUUUUGCUCUCUUAUCAUCGUUCUCAUCUCCUAUGUCUUCAUUCUCGUUGCUAUCCUGAGGAGCCAGUCUGCUGGAGGAAAACAGAAAGCCUUCUCGACCUGUGCUUCUCACCUAUUUUCAAUUACUAUAUAUUACGGGACCUUAAUAUUUAUGUACCUUCAGCCCAAGUCAAGCCAUUCACUGGAUAAAGACAAAUUUGCCUCAGUGUUCUAUGCAGUGGUGAUCCCCAUGCUAAAUCCAUUAAUCUAUAGUUUGAGGAAUCGAGAGGUAGAAAAUGCACUGAAACGAGUUAUGGGGAAAAAUGUAUGA